AUUUUUUUUAUUGCUUUCCCAGCAUACUCUAUUUCUUUUUUUUUCCCAUUUUUAUAUUAUAUAUCAUGACAAAAGACAAAAAUAACCAAGAUCCCGUGUCAUCAGGUACACUAAAGCAAGAUUUGGAUCAGACCGCUACUUUGACCGUCGAGCAAGAAGAAGAAUUCUCGGAUGCGGUCGAUACUACUUCAAACGACUUGGCCAAAGUGUUACAUGCCUUACAAGACUCUGGUAUCAUUGAUAAGGAUUUAGAAUCCAGCUUAAUUAAACAAGACAUCACAGCUGCAAGUGAACCCAGCUCACCUCGUCCAACAGAUCUCAAGAUUGAUGUGCCUGCAGGUCAAAAUACGGCAGAAUUCAUUACACUUCCUACACCAGUUGAUAUGGAAGAUCAAGAAACAAAUCCUACACAGGAAGCAAGCGACAGUGCUGUUGUUGAAAAAGAAGCCAAUUCUGAGAGUACAGCGAUUGGAAAUGAUGUCGAGACCACUGCUAUUAAUGAGACUGUUCAAAUCGAUGCUAACAAUGAAAAUGCUACCACUACUAAUACUACUAAUAAGAAUGAAACAGCGAAUACCAACGUUAAUACCGAAACUACUACUACUACUACUACCACUACUACUACACCAGCAAAAAAACAAGAAAAACCUUUCCGUAAGAGCAAACUAUUUAAAUCCUAGAGCACAGGAAAAAUAUGAUACUGAAAUGAUGAAAGGUGUAGACUUUUUCUUUAACAACAAAUUUGCAGAAGCAAAAGCAGUCUUUGAAAAAAAAGCAAAACAGGAUCCUUUGUAUUCUCUUGGGCUUAGCUCCAUGGCAUUUUCUUAUAAUGCAAAAGAUAUUGAUUCUGCACUAAGUCGAUUAACAGAAACAUACAAUUUUGCUGAUGCACAAGUUGGUGUUGCCUUUGCCAAAAAACCAAUUGCCGAUACAGUCUCUCAUUAUUUUACAAAUUUGAUGGGCACCAAUACCACUCGUCUUCCUACUAAAACUCGUGCUUUAGACAAGUAUGAAAUGCAGAAAAAGACAUUCAACGCAAAUGGCGCCCUUCGUGCGCACGUUGUCCGAGCAGAAAGUGCUUUAUUAAUGGCUAUUCUGUAUCUUUCUCUGGAGACAAAUGUAGGCUACCUUAAAGCAGGACUUAAUCUUCGUCGAGCUUAUAACAGCUACAGUCUUGUAUGGCAAGAUUACAAGUUAAUGGGACAGCAUUUCAUGAAAUACAUUGAUCAAGAUACAGUCUCUGGUAUUCAAUUUGGUAUUGGGUCUGUUAAUUUGUUGCUUUCAUCGUUGCCUCCCAAGAUUUUAAAGAUCGUAUCAGCAUUUGGCUGGACUGCUGAUAAGCAUCUUGGACUCGCUUUACUAAAACUAUGUUUAGAAGGCAAAAGAAUACGUUCUCCACUUUCUUCACUCAUGCUACUCUCUUAUUAUGUGACUCUGACAUCGUAUGCCCCUCAAGUACUUUCGGGCGAACUACUUCAGCCUGCUUUGGAAUGUCUAUUAGACGCACAGCAAAGAUAUCCCAAUUCUGCUUUCUUUUUGUACUUUGCUGGUCGUGUCUCUCGCUUGGCUCGCGACCUGCCAAUUUCGACACAAUCCUUUGUUUAUACAUCUGAAGUCAGUCAGGGAACUUGGGCAGAAACAACGAUUGGCAACUUGGCCACAUUUGAAAUUGCGCUGAAUGCUGCCAUGGCACUUGAUUGGACCACUGCUGCUGCUAAGGCCACUGCCUUGUUCCCUGUCUACAACACACCUGCGCUCCUAAAAUACUUUUAUGGUGUCUGUAUGGAGAUGGUAGGCAAUCGAACAGAAGCCAUUUUAGCCUUUGCAGAAGCUCCUCGACUGAUAGACACUCGACGUAAUUCACAGCCAGAACAAUUUGUCGCUCACCGAGUUGCAUUUUUUGAAAUCAGUGGUUAUCAAGAUCUGGAAUUCACGUUACCUGCAUUGGAGAUUUUGUUGUUGUGGAAUGCUUUUCCUUGUAUGACUGCUGAAGCGUUAGAUAAGUGUGUUGAGUUAGUAGAUCGUACACUUGGUUUGAUUUAUGAACGCGAAAAAUUGGAAUACGAUAUACGUAAGGUUGAAUUAGCACCUACAAGUGCAAUGCCUGAUUAUUAUGAUCAACGCGGUACACUCUUGUUGAUCAAGGCAUCCGUUUUGAACGCAUUGAAUCGGUCAAGUGAAGGCAUUGUUCAUUUGAAUUGGAUCAUUGACAACAAAGACAAAUUUAAGCACUCAAAUUGGAUUGUUCCUUAUGCUUAUUGGGAAUCUGGUAAUGUACUUUGGAUCACCGAGGAAUUUAAGAGGGCAAGAGCUCUUUGGGAACAUGCAUUGACUCUUUCUGGAUUUGAUUUUGAAUUCAGAUUAGCUACUUGUUUGAACCUUGCUGUUCAACAUGCUGUUGAAUUAGGUGUUCCUGAAACGAUCGUGCUCAAAGAUAACAAAGGAAAAACUACGCACGGACGUAAAAGACUAUCGGUUAUUCCUUCUAAAUCCACCGGAAACAUACCUUUACCUUGAUUUCCCAUAAGUUUCAUGCAUUAACUACUAAAGUGACUGUUACCAUGAUGACCUCAUGUAAUAUAAGUGCUUG